AUUAGAAUCAAAAACAAGAUAGAUGAAAAAUCAAUGCAAAUCAAAAUAGCCUAAUCUACUUUUUCUUUAGCAGAUAGAACACACACGACAAAUUCCUAACUGGUAAUUAUUUUCAAUUGUGGAAAUCACAGGAAGAAGUUUAUAUGGUGCAAAAUUUAAGUUGAAGACCAUCGAGCUUAAUAUCUAGGAAUGAAAUCGUGCUGCUGCAAGCAAGCUUAGCGUCAAUGGAUCUAUAGUGAGAUGCUGGAGACGGCGGGUACCUACAUGUACAUUUACAGUACAAAAAUGUUCUGUACAUUCAGUAAAUAUAUAAUUUUUCGACAGAUAUAUCUGCAGCUUAUGGCCCGGUGCAGCUUGUAUUUCUUUUUUUACUUUCUUUUCUUUCAUUGAGCAGAUGCAGCUUAUAUAAAAGGUGUGCCCUAUAGUCCAGAAAAUACGGUAAUUGGUGUGAUGGUGAGAACAGUUGUCCGCUGUAGAAAGCUACAAGUUUCCCUCUCAACAGAGAUGAAGAUCAGUUAAUAUUUCAGGGACCGAUAUUAAUGCACCGAUGGAAAAUAAGUCACAUAUAAGCAAAAAUAAAACAAGUUAUUUGCACAAAGCUGGAUUUUCAAGCACAUUACGUGACAUGAACAGCAUUUUUUAAACUUCAAACUGUGUUAAGAAGUAAAUUUAUAUUCUAGUUUUGUUUGCUUUACGGUCACCGCAGGGCUUCGGUUCAGCAGAAUUAUCCACUGUGGUAAUUUAACCCCAAAGCUGAUGUGGACUUCAGGUCUCGAGAAGUUAACUAACUGCAGCUGGUACUAGUUUGUCAAACUCGUCCAGGGUGAACCUCAACUUAUGCAUGACAGCAGCUGCAAAACACAGCAGGUGUAGAAAGUGCUCAGCAGCAAUUUGUUCUACAGUUAACCACCAUUUUAAAAUCUACCCACUGGAGUAUGAAAUGAUCAAAAAUAUUUGCCUUAGAUUGAAUUAUGGGAAUUUAUAUGGAUAAAACCUCAAAACUUUGCUUAGGUUUUUUGUGUUUCUCUUUUUUAUUAUGCUCUUUAUUUGUUCAGAUUCACGUCAUUACCCUUAUAAACAAAUUACUACUCUGAGAGUAAAGUACAUAUUCAAGACAAUGGUGGAGUCGAUGUGAUGGAAAAACCUCGUGGAGGGCAUUUGUUCAGUGCGUCACAUAUUAAGGGCGUGCUCCUCACAAUGAGGUCUAUAUAGUUCUGUGAUCUCUGCCACCGAAAUCAUCUCCUGAGUCGUUUGUGAGGUGGAGCAGAUCCUCGGAAAAUGCAGGCUGAGGAAUACAACCGCAGAGGUAAGGAGAUGGUGGAUUACAUCACUCAGUACCUGAGCUCCAUCAGGGACAGGAGGGUCAUUCCAGAUGUGAAGCCCGGCGACACGCAAGAGCUUCUCCCUGACUCUGCACCCACCGAGCCGGAGGACUGGGAGAGUAUCUUCAACGAUAUCGAGAGAGUCAUCAUGCCAGGAGUGGUUCACUGGCAAAGCCCCCACAUGCACGCCUACUAUCCCAGCCUGACGUCAUGGCCUUCAAUGCUUGGAGAUAUGCUGGCAGAUGCAAUAAACUGUGUUGGAUUCACUUGGGCGUCCAGUCCCGCCUGCACAGAACUGGAGAUGAAGAUGAUGGACUGGCUGUGUAAAGCACUGGGGCUUCCCUACUUCUUCCUCCAUCACCAUCCUGACAGCAGAGGUGGAGGUGUGCUGCAGAGCACCGUCAGCGAGAGCACACUAGUGGCUCUGCUGGCCGCCAGGAAGGAUAAAAUUCUGCAGCUACGAGCUGAACUGGACCAUGAUGUCGAUGACUCGGUCCUCAACUCCAGAUUAAUUGCUUAUGCUUCUGAUCAGGCUCACUCCUCUGUGGAAAAGGCUGGUCUGAUCUCAUUGGUGAAGAUCAGAUUUCUGCCCGCUGAUGAUCAACUCUCUCUAAGAGGAGACACUUUGAAACUAGCCAUUCAGGAGGACAGGAGGAGAGGACUCGUGCCUUUCAUGUUAUGUGCAACUUUAGGAACAACAGGAGUUUGUGCCUUCGACAAGCUCUCUGAACUCGGUCCAGUCUGUGAAGAGGAGGCCCUCUGGCUGCACGUGGAUGCUGCGUAUGCUGGCUCCGCCUACUUCUGUCCAGAGCUUCGCUGGUCUCUGGAAGGCAUUGAGUUUGCACACUCGUUUGUUUUUAACCCUUCUAAGUGGAUGAUGGUUCAUUUUGACUGCACAGCCUUUUGGGUAAGAGACAAAUAUAAACUGCAGCAGACCUUCAGUGUUGAUCCAGUUUACUUGAGGCAUGAAAACUCACAAGCAGCCACCGAUUUCAUGCACUGGCAAAUUCCUCUCAGUCGACGAUUCCGAUCCCUCAAACUCUGGUUCGUCUUACGCUCCUUUGGACUGACAAAACUCCAAGCUCAUAUCAGACAUGGGAUUGAGAUGGCGAAGCUCCUGGAGUCUCACAUAAAAAGUGACCCAAAUUUUGAGGUUCCUGCACAGAGGCAUCUUGGCUUGGUGGUCUUCUGUUUAAAAGAUGGAAAUGCUUUAACCCAAGAGCUGUUGAGAAGAUUGACGGGUUCUGGCACCAUGUACCUCAUCCCGGCAGAAAUCCACACCAAACGCAUCAUCCGAUUUACCGUCACCUCCCAGUUCACCACAGCGGACGACAUCCUUAAGGACUGGGGCAUCAUUUCAAAAACAGCCUCUGCUCUGCUGGUGGAAACAAAAGCAUCAAGUAUUUCUGCUAAACCCAAACCAGGCAAGGAGGAGAUGAUUAGAAGAGAAGACAACCAUGCAGGAGAAGAAGCUGACAAGAACGUCAAUGUGGUUAAAAAGCUGGAAAAGCUUCAAGUGGAUCUCUGGAUUGACAAGGCUUGGAAUCGUCCGAGGAGACCGAUGCGAUCUCUGAGCUGCAGCAGCGAGCCCCUGCCCUUGACUUACUUUGGGUCAAGGUACAGCCACGACUGCGAAGCACAGUCUGGAGUUAAAGACACUUCUGGUGGGGCCUGUGUGUCCUCGGUGACAGGGUGUGGCCCUCUGUCAAAGAUUCCUGAGAUGCCUUCAACUCACGUGGGGAAACAGGUACCCAAAAAGCUGACCAAGUUCUACAGCGUGCCCAGUUUCUGCAACCCGUGGGUGCAAUGUGCUCGGCCCCAGCUGUGCUGCCCUGUAAAGGCUUUCCAGGCGUCUCAAAAACACUUAUCCACGAGCAGCAGAGCAAAAAACUGCAUUCCCAAUCCCCCCGUUUGCAGCACUCCGACUGCACCUGAGCGCCUGUGAAGUCCCUGAAUGCACCAGCACUUCACAUCUACAUAGUAAUCCAGAAGAGAGUGAUCAUCACUACUUUACUGCUAUAAUUGAAUCUUUAUGGCAUUCUUCUUUUAGUUGUUAAAAAAUAAUUUUCUAAUAAAACCUUUUAUCAAAUUUUUCCCCAAACUGAAACCAAGUUCAUAAGGUGUGCUCUGCAUGUGUGAACAGAUCAGUUGUUUUGAAUUUUAACCCAUCUUGUGUCACCUGAAGCCAAAAAUAAAAAAAAUACAAAUAAA